ACAUUAUGUUUGUGUAUGGUAUGGAAUUUGUUUUGAUAUUUAUUGUGGUCCACGAUUUCGCUUCUACAGAGGAUUUUAAAUAAUUGAAUUUAAAUGGAAGUAUCGACUGAGGUAGAUGCCAAUCCAUUUGGCAAAUACAAUAUUUCUGACUGGCAUUUUUUGGAAUCCAUGGAUGGCCGUAGCUCCUGCCCAAAAUGUGGAAAAUCAAGAAAAUACUUUUGCUACACUUGCUAUGUGCCCAUCAAAGAGCUGGAAGGCAAACUCCCUGUCUUAAAUUUACCCAUCAAAGUGGACAUUAUCAAGCAUGCGAAGGAAAUCGACGGGAAGAGUACGUCCGCCCAUGCAGCUCUCUUGGCUCCCAAUGAUGUCUCAAUUUACACAUUUCCCUGCAUUCCUGAUUAUGAUGAUAAAAGUGAAAACAUUGUUCUAGUGUUCCCUGGGAAGAAUGCAAUCUCAAUCGAGGAAUUUGUUUCUCAGCAAUCAGCUGCAAAGGUUGGUGCCAGCAAAAAGAGGCCUUACUCAUCAGACAAACCAAUAGACAGAGCAAUCUUUAUUGACAGCACUUGGAACCAGUGCAAAGGAAUCUUCAAAGACUCUAGGCUGAGAGAUCUUCCCUGUGUUGUUUUGAAGCAGAGAAUCACUCAAUUCUGGAGACACCAGGAAGGCAGUCCUCGUUGGUACCUUGCCACCGUGGAAGCUGUCCAUCAGCUGCUUGUUGAACUUGACCAGGCCAUCAAGAGUCACUCUGCAGACCCUGAAUCAAAAAAGACAAAGACGGAAGGAGAAGCUAAGCAAAAAGAUGACAUAUCCCACGAGUUUGAUGAUUUGCUCUUCUUUUUUAAAUUUAUGUAUGAAAAAAUCCACACCCUUUAUGACCACAACCAACUCAAGUCUUACAAGAGACCCUUGAAAUAAAUUUUAUUACAAUU